UCUCUCUCUCUCUCUCUCUCUCUCUCUCUUUGAUGGCAGGAAUGCUGAGCUGAUGCCCAAGGCAUUUCCAAAGGCAGAGGGGACAGCUCCAUUUGACCUCCAUGGCCUGGCUUCUGUGAGACUACUCCUCCCUUGCUUCCAAGUGGUUCUAUGAUUAUUGUAUCCAUACAUAAAGGUCAACAUUUCCCUUCUUUCUUCCUCCCUUCCUCUCUGUCCUCCACCUCCUUCCUUCUCUUCAAAACUGUCUCUUUCCUCCCUUUUCCUCUCACCCUCUCCUCCCACCACCUUCCCUUUCCCUUCCCACCUCCCACCUCUUUUCCUCUCAAUUCUCCCCAAAAAGCUCCCGCCUUUGCUUGCUUUUCUUUCAUCUAGCUGUGAAUUACUAUCUCCAUCAUCGAUUCUUCGGCCAAUUCGGCAUUCUUUCUUCCAUUUCGGCGCUCGGAGGCAAAAAAAGGUGAGCUUUUUCCGGCAAUUCUUUGACGUCGGCUCCUCACCGGAGAUGAAUUGCGGGCCGCCACCAGAUCAGCUGCGGCCGUGCUUCCUCAACCUCAACUGGGAGCAGUCCAUGGACCCGACCGGCCACUUCGAGUCGGCGCUCAGCUCCAUCGUCUCGUCGCCGUCGUCCAAUUCCCCUGUUCCAGCCGAGGGCCUCGCCGUCAAUAACCUUGUCGGGCGGCUGGCGAGCGUCUACAAUUGCGGCGAGGAGAUCUCCCCCCGGUCUCACCACAUGGGUGCCCCUUUGAAUUCCCCUCCAAAACUCAAUCUUUCCAUGAUGGGCUACCUCGGCCACCAGCAGCCGGCCAUCGGUGGUCUGCCAUUCCCUGCUAACCCGAUUCCCGUCGCCCAUUUGGAUGAAUUGUCUGCCGACCCGGGGUUCGCCAAGAGGGCUGCGAGGUUUUCUUGCUUUGAUGGCCGGAAUUACAGCGGGUUGGCAGGCCAAUUUGGGCUCCCGAGGGCAUCGAGCAGCCAGUCUCUCAAGGCAACUGGACCCCAAAUGGGGCUGCCAGAGAGUGGUAAGGCGAUCCAGACGCAGGAGGGGAAGCAAUUGGAGGCAAAUGAUGCAGAAUUUGGUAAUGCUCGAGAGGAAUCAUCAGUGUCGGAUCCAAUCUCCGCAGGUGGAGAGGUGAGCUUGAGAGGUGCAGGUGAGAACAAUCCAAGGAAGAGGAAAGCUGCUCCAAAGGGCAAAGGAAAGGACACAGCUUUACCCAAUUCUGCCAUAGAUCCUCCCAAGGCGGCAGAGGAGGAGGAUCCAAAUGCAAAGAAAAGUAGGUUUGCAGAAGAUGAUGGAAUUGACAAGGAAUCAAUUAACCCAAAGGUUGAACAGAAUGGCAGUGGCAGUGGUAGUGCUAGUGGUGAUGGUGGUGCUCAAAAACAAGGGAAGGAGAACAAUGUGAAGCCCCUCGAGCCGCCUAAAGACUAUAUUCAUGUCAGGGCGAGAAGAGGCCAGGCCACUGAUAGCCAUAGCCUUGCAGAAAGGGUCAGAAGAGAGAAGAUCAGCCAGCGCAUGAAGUUACUACAAGAUCUUGUCCCAGGUUGCAAUAAGGUUACUGGAAAAGCGGUUAUGCUUGAUGAGAUUAUUAACUAUGUACAAUCAUUGCAACGCCAAGUCGAGUUUCUUUCUAUGAAGCUGGCAACGGUGAAUCCACGGUUAGAUUUCAACAAUGUCGCAGAUCUCCUCCCCAAAGAUAUGCAUCAAACUUGUGGGCCUGUGUUGAAUUCAGUUUAUCCAUUAGAGACCUCAGGUGCAGCAUUAUCAUACACCAGCCAACUGCAGCAGGGUGCUCCUCUCCAUUGUGUUGUGACCAGUGCCUUGGAAACCCAGUGCACUGUGAACCCAUUAGACCCCACUCUCUGUCGAACUCUAAGCAGUCACCAACCUUUCAUUAAUGGAUUUGGAGAUGCUUCAUCUCAGAUGGGGACUUUCUGGGAGGAUGAUCUCCAAAGUGUUGUUCCCAUGGACUUGGGACAGAAUCAGGAGAUUGCAGUCUCUUCUCAGAGCUUUCAUGGUCCAUUGCCAACAGCUCACAUGAAAAUUGAGCUCUGAUCAUUUGAAAUCAUUCAGAGAGCAAGAUUGUAUAUAACAAGCAUGUGAAGCUUCGGGCUAACAAUCUUUAGAUCUAAGCAAAAUUUUCAUUAUUUCCUAAUCUUCUUUGGGGAAAAUGAUUCUUUGGAGAAUUCUCGCAGUUAUCAGUGUAAGGUCUCAGUAAGCUAGAGACAUCAUGUGGUGCAGAUGCUUCAGACACCACAAUUAAGAUGUGUGAUGGUGAGUGAAGGAGAGAGAUUUGACAUUAUGAUGCUGUUGUGUUGUUAAGAGAAUUCUUGUAUUAAUUCAUUAAGAUGUUCCCCUCCAA